AUGAACAGCGCACAUCACCACGGUCGCGACGGCGCCGGCCAUCAACGCCGAGAAGCUGCAGCUGCGGCUGAAGCUGCAGAAGCUGAAACGGCUGCUCAAACAACCUCAGCCCGCGAACAACAAACGGCAGCUCCCCUUCGUCAAGCCCGCGGAGGGAUCCUUGCACCACCAGGACAGCAGCAACAACAACAGCCGCCACAAAUCAAGCCUACGAGAACGAUCACAGCGCCGCGAACCGAAACAACGCGCUCAGAGGAACUAGAAGAGCCCACCGUUGAACUCGUGCCCAGGACAGCCCGCCCUGCCCAAGUCACUGGCCUCGCCCCCCCGCCCGAGCCGGAGCUGCCACCAGCCAGACCAGACCCAGUCACAUCCUCCCCGUCCAGAGGCAUACACAACAGCCCGUCACGCUGGAGAACAAGAGCAAAGCAAAAAUCUUCACCUCUCAAGCAGCCACCGAUGCGACCCGACCAUGGGGACCAGCCAAGCCCGGUGCCGACGCCCCACGCACUCCAACGCCGACCGAACCCGCCUGCCGCAGGGGCCGCCGAUGACGAGGAACGCCCGCGCGACACGGCACGUCCCGACCCUGCGCGAAACGUCUCUCUGCUGGACCCUGAUAAGGUCAAGGAGAGGAAUGCGCUGCGCGACGAGCUUGCGCAACUGCAGAGGGACCUGGAGAUGGCGACGCAGGAGAACGCACGGCUGCUCAGCACACAGAACACGGGGCGCUACACCGCGCCGGGAAACAAGGAUAAGAUCCUCGAUCUCCUGCGGCGGUCGCUGAUACCCGCGGACUCGCUGGCGCCGGCGCCGCAGUCACAGCAGCUCAUGAUGGCGGCGCUGAACCCCAUCGGCCUGUUGCCCUUUAGCAAACCCGUGGCCACGCUGGUGCCGGACACGGAAGACGGCAGGGACAUUGCGUCGCACCACCCCAUAGAGAUGUCAGCAGAGGAGGAGCUCGCCUACCUGAAGGUGUUUAGCCCCUUCGACGUGACGUCGAGCGUCGCCGCGCUGCCUGCCACGCGCGAGCACCCAUUCCGCCAGCGGCGCAUACUCACGCUGCGGGACAGGGAGCGGCUGUUUCAGGCGCGCGUCGAGCUCAUCGUCAAUCCCAUGACGCUCGCCAUCCUCGAGCUGCGCGUGCUGUCGCUCGAGCCCUCCGCGGCUUCCGAGCUUCGGUCGUUCGUCGACACCGUCUGCGGCGGCGGCCCGUGCAACAGGAGCAUGCAGCGCAAUGUGGGCAUGCUCUUCUGGGCCAUGGCCGAGUGGCGGCGCGCGGCCGUCGAGCGCGCGGAGGCGUGGGCGCGGCUCGACGCCGAGGUCCUCGCCAAGGGCGGGCCGGCGCAGGCGGCGGCGGCGAUGCGGAGGCAGGCCGAGCAGACGAGCGAGAAGGUGGCGCCGCCGCCGCGAGAGGCCGUCGUACUGGGCGGCUCCGACCUGCGGUACCUCAUGGGCAAGCAGGCAUACGACAUACCCAUAGAGUCCGGGGGCAGUAAGCGGGACAAUGCGCAUAUACGGCUGGAGUGGAAGAUUUUCUUCGACUGGACGGGCGAGGCGGAGAGCAAGCUCGCAGUGUUGGAGGGCGUACCUGGAAAGUGGAGGAGAGCCGAUCGCCGCGGCAGCUUGGGCAAGCUGGGCGGCCUGUUCCAGGAUCUGGUGCGCGGGAGCGAAGAUAUUGACGUCGCCGCGCGCAAGAUCGCAGCCUUGCUGGUCGACGCCGCUGUUUAA